GCGUCCUGCAGCCGCUCGCCCUCCGCGGCCUCGCCGUGGCCAGGCGCGGGGACACCCGGGAUGUCCUCGUCGCCCGCGGAAGAGUGCCGGUCGCCCGUGGGGCUUGACUGCUGCAGCUGCUGCUUGGACCUGGCCAACCGGAGCGGGCUGGAGGAGGGGGCCGGGGGCGAGAACAACAACCCGGGCAGCCCCACCGUCAGCAGCUUCCGGCAGCUGCGGGAGCAACUGGUCCAACAGAACCUCAACACCGACAAGCUGAGCUCCAUCAUGCGCCAGGACUCGCUGGAGCCCGUCGUGCGGGACCCCUGCUACCUCUUCAACCAGGGCAUCUGCAACAGGAACAUCGACCAGACCCUGCUCUCCAUCCUCCUGUUCUUUCACAGCCCGGGUUCUAUUUUGAAUGCCCAUGGCUCUUUCCUUCCCGCCUCCCCUUCACAGUCACGGGGCCUUACUGUGCAGGACGUGCAGGCUGCACCUCCAAAUGCAGACCGGGUUCACCCCUUCUCCCAGCCCCCAAGCAGCGCCUCUGGAGCCAGCGUGGUGGCCAUCGACAACAAGAUCGAGCAGGCGAUGGAUCUUGUGAAAAAUCAUUUGAUGUACGCUGUGCGGGAGGAGGUGGAGGUCCUGAAAGAGCAAAUCAAGGAACUGUUGGAGAAAAACUCCCAGCUGGAGCGUGAGAACAGCCUCCUGAAGACCCUGGCCAGCCCUGAGCAGCUGGAGAAGUUCCAGUCCCGGCUUCCAGCAGAGGUGCUGUGCCCUGACGAGCAGAGCCCCGGGGUGGCUGGCCUGGCCCAGCACUCCGGGGGCUCUGCGGUGUAAGGUGGCUCUGUCCUCGGGGUGGGCAGAGCCACAGAACUCUUUCUACUUAAUCUCCUGCAAAAUCGUUUCCGCCUUCAUCUCACACGAAGGACUGCCAGACCCUGGCACUGAGCCGUGCCCCUUGGGCAGCCCUGGCCAGCCCGCAGAGCCAGCGGCUGUCUCCUUCAUGAGGAUGCUCUUCUGCAAGGAAGACAGGGGCAGCUGACCCCCCCUCCCCAUCCGACUGCCCACCUGGUGCCAGGAGGAGAUCUGUGGUACCUGCUCCAGGCUCUGCUGAAGAGCAGAGCUGGGCAGUGUUUGGCACCGUGAUGGUAACCUGCGGUUGGAAGGAGCGCGUGCCAUGCCCCAGGCCGUGGUUGCGUUCUGCAGGGGGGUGUCUCUUUCUGGCAAAGCCUGACAUUGGAGAGAGAUCGAUGUUUAGUGAGCGAAGCACGUACGUACCGCGAGCCACCCAGCCAGGAGCCUGCUGGAAUCUGACCCAGACUGAGCAGCACCAGGGGUGGCAGCUGCAGCAUAGACCAUGGCUGAACGCACAGCUGUGUGGGAAUUACAAGGAAAAAAAGCUUGUUUUGUUAGUUUGGGCAUCUUCUGUAGCUGUAUCUAUGUAUAAACAUGCGCACGAGAGGUGCCUUUGAGGCUGCGGGGUGCCCGCUCUGGGUCAGCCAUGCCCAUCUGAGCAGCUGGGGCAUUCGACGGCAGACUGGAAUGGUGAGCACCUGUCAGUGGGCAGCCAACUAUUGCGACUGGCGCCAAGGAGGGAACAGAUUCACUCCUCUCUGGCAUCCCAGCUGACACAACCGUGUGGGAGUGCUGGGAGGAUCUGGACUGACCGCUGGGCAGAGCCACGAACCAGGCUGCGCUGUAACCCACUGGGGUGGAGGAGCCAGCCCAUGCUCCUGGGCUCCUCUCUGUCCCUGGCCUGUUCUCUGGGAUGUGACGGGACAUUGCUUUUGAUGUCAGAAGCGGUGACACUGUUGUGUAAAUCUAGAUAGAAAUGGCAAUAAACUCUACUUUUUAUAUAUA